AAUUAGCUUCUGAGUGAACGCUUGGCAUCUGCUGAAGGGAAUCUGCACACAAUUAGCUUCUUGUUCCUUUCAGCUUGGUGCUGAGUGGAUGAUCUGGACAACUGGAGGAGGAAGAACAGCAUCUCUGAGUAGGGACGUUGCUGUGGAUGUAGAAGGAAGAAGGGGAUUUUGCAGCUCUGUUCUCUACCUCAGAAAUUAUUGUGAUUGUUAGGGGAGCGCUGGGCUUCAAGGAGUUUGCCAGGAGAUAAGAAGAGAAGGAACUUUCUUGUCUCUUCUUUCAGCAGGCCAGAUCUUCCCCUCCCCCUACUUCUGCUAUUCCUAAAUACUGCCAUGGAACCAAACAGUCCUAAAAAGAUACAAUUCGCUGUGCCAUUAUUUCAAAGUCAAAUAGAUUCUGAAGCAGCUGAACAGAUCAGGAAAAGAAGGCCCACCCCGGCAUCGUUAGUAAUUAUGAAUGAUUCGUCUCCUGAAAUAGAUGAGAAGAGAAUGAACAACAACUCCCAAGAUGAAUCACAGAAUGUCUCCCCUAAACAGAGGAAGCAGAGUGUCUACACUGCGCCUGCCAUGAAAGGUACUGUUCAGGAAUUAAGCAUCUAAAAACCCAGAAGGACUUGGCAUUUCCAGAGGAAGAAGAAGGAGUCUGUGAAAGAGAUGAGGAAUAGAACCUUUAAUGGCACCAAACCUCUCGCAAAAGAGUCUUGAUGGUCAAAUAUGAAACUGCUCAAUUUUCAGUACUUACUGUGGAACUUUAUGGCUUAUGUUCCUGACCCAAAACAGUCUUCAUCCUGGUACCUAAGAAAAGGAAGGUUUUGCAGGGGAAUUCAUCAUUUGCAGAACUGGCCUAUAGUACCUCCUUGGUGAAGAUAGCCAUUUCUUUUCUUGCCAUUUCCUUUUCUUUGUAAUAACUCAACUUAUAUGCCAUAUAUGCAAAUAUAUGGUUUCCAAAGGUGUUGGCUCUACUGUCUUAAAUUCCAAAUGUGAGCUGCAGCCUAAAAUCAGUUGUAAAUAGUGCAGACUUAAAUGCUACAAAAUAAAUAUAAUGUACAUUUAGACUAAA